CAAAAUUAACUUUAACAAAAUGUUUCAUUUUUAAACUUGCGCAACCAAAUAUGUUACCUUUCAAAUUUAUGACCUUACAAACCGUUGCUAACGUCGAUGUUUGUUUUUUCAUUUUUUUUUUGUUAUGGAGGAAACUGAUGUAAAGCACAUCAGUUUCCUCUAUAACAAAAAAAAACAAUUUGUAAAAAAAAUCAGCUUUCUAGCCAUGCAGGUUUUUGAGAUAUAGCCUGGUGACAGACGCACAGAUAGACAGCGGACUUUAGGUACGGAACCACUCAGGAAUUUAAAGCUGGCAAGAAGACGAAUGAAAAUUUACGGUACCAUGGAAAUGAAUCACAUAUUAUAUUAGGUGCUUAGCAACUAUCUAUACAAGUAUACACAUCGAUUCAACGAGCGAUAGUCGGGUAAGUCGGGUUCACUAGGAUUCUACGCUGCAAUGGCAGAGGACAGCGACAGACAAGCGGGCGCGGGGUCGGCGGGCGACGACGGCGGCGGCGGCGCGGCCGGCGAGGCGCCCCCGCCCGGCCGCGCCCUGCAUGCGCGCUCCUUUAAGCUCCGCUUUGCGGCGCAGCGUGAGCAGGGCCGAUCCUAUGUGUCUCUGGUCAAACCGCUCGGCCUACCGGCCACAGUGACUGGCAAGUUCUACACCCAGGAGCGAGCCAGUUCCGUCGACGAGGAAGGCACGAGACGAGCGCUGCAGCGCAUCGAAGACAUGUUUCGGCGAGGACCGCGCGAGCUGCACGCCGAGCCCGUCAUCAGCUCACAAGUGUACGGCUGGUGGGCGGCGGCGGGCGGCGCGGCCGAGCGCAGCGACCGCCGGCUGCAACACCACAUCCGCGACUCCGCCUGGCUUAAAGCACGGCUCUGCGUGUUGGCAGCCGACGAAAAACUCAAACAACAAUAAUCACACUGUUUUUCUCACUGACUGACUACAAUGGCCUUUUGUCAAAACAAUGUCUUAGGUUACUUGAAUUCAUGAAUUUCUGAUAGAAGCAGCAUUCAAAGACAAAAUACAAAGCCACAGUGUAAAUUAAAUAAUGGUAUUAGCAUGUUCUGUUUUUAUACUUUUUAUACUGUUAUGUGUACUUAAAUUAUGAAAUAAAUAAAAUGCUUCUUAAGCAACAUGUUUGGAAUCAUGAUAACUGUAGAAAAUUAAUCAGAUAAGUCUAAUAACUUCAGGUUUGAAUUUAAUUUAAAAAAACCCAAUUUUGUUUUGUCCUUAAAUCUUCAAUGAAUAUUAAUCUCCCGAGAUAAGAUAAACUAAAAUCUAUCAAUAUUCGUUAAUAUGAUAUGGACACUAUAUUAAGUAGGUUUUUAGGAUACCUAUAUGGUCAUUAUGUAACUUGGAAGACUGGCCUUCUGGAAACAUUCAUUUAUAGAUGAUGAUGUUUUUUUAUUAGAUAGCUAGGUGUAGCUAAAGCUCCAAUCAAUCUUUUUAAUGUUGAAAGGGUAACAAGAAUAGGUUACAGCUCAAUUAUUAUUAGUCAAGUAAAUAGCUAUUUCAUCAAAUUUAUGAUUUAUGUUAUAUAUUCAUGAAUAAAAAAACAUGUUUUCAGUAUUAACAGAAUAUUUUAGCAGAACAGAACCAUUUUUAACAGAAAGCAGUGACUACUCAACUACAUUAUGUAGAAUAACCAUAACAAUAUUUUAAUGUGAUGCUUUUAUGUUUAUUUAUCCAAUAUAAACAAUAUUUUGUCAUAUUUCCAUCUAAUCAACCUCACAAAGUUUUAAUUAUUUCCAUCUUAAUCAGUACUACUUCAGCAUAAAAAUGUCUUAUUGGACAAUGGAAAAAAAAAAUACCUAUAUUAUUUACUAAGAAAUACUUGAAGUUUUGUGCACUACCUCAUUUCACAGUCAAAUUGGAUUGUGUUUAAGAGGUAGAAAUAGUCACAGAGACCUUAGUUGAUUAUAAUGGUAGACAGAUGGCUAAUCUGUUAGAACAUCAAUAAAAGCUAGUUAUUGCUUGUCGUGUUGUUUCAGGCCAUGUGUAUGGUAUUGAAUAUCAUGUCAGCUACA